AUGAGUCGUUUUAGCUGGAAAACCCUCCUGGGCUGGGAUCGUCACCCCUCUCAUAAUUCUCACGAGUGGUCAAUUCACGAGUCACGCAGGCGUCUCCUUCCUCUGCAUCACGACGAGUCGAUCCAGUCUGCCAUCCCUGCCCCCGAGGUCACCAAGAUCGCCCUCCGUCUCCGAUAUCUCAUUGAAGAGAGCGUACCGUGCGAGCUCGAGGAGGAGCAGAUCACCAGACCUCAUAGCAAGGUCAUCACAGAGGCUGUUAUAAAGGCCGCCAAGGAGGCUGGCGGCCACGACAAUCGGUCCUGCGUGGUCUUCUGCCUCCUGAUCGCCAACCGCUGGUUCAAGCACCAGUCGCUGGUCGAGCUCUGGGAUGCCGAUCUCCACCUGCUCCGCGCUACCGCUUGCGAGGUCAUCGCGAAGGAGAUCAUCGAGUCGGAAGAGGACAUGGCAUAUCUGCUACACUCGGUCCUGCUGAAGCGUUACUCGAUUACCAUCAAUGGCGAACCUACACCGCCCGUCAAUGUUAUCGAGAAGGCCGUUGACCUGCACACCCUCCGCGUCAUUGGCUCCUCGGGCUAUCAGAAAUGCAUCAGCUAUCUCUGGAAGGGCUGGCUAGUCCAGGAUGAGGACGACCCUGCCAGCUUUGUCGACUACCAGGGCCGCGACGACACGUCUAUCUGGCCUCAUCUCGACCCGGACCGCAUGCGCGCGCCCAUGUACCAGAACGCCUUUCAACUGCUGAUCUCCGUCAUCUACUUGGCAUUGUACACCGGUGCUAUUAACACCAUCAAUCCCAGUGGCGACUUGGACUUCGUCGAGAUACUGCUCUACGUCUUCACCUUUGGUUUCAUCUUUGACGAGCUUACCAAGUUCUGGAAGGCCGGCUACCACAUCCUGGGCUUCUGGAACGCCUUCAACAACGCCAUGUACUCCCUGUUGAUGGUUUCGCUUGCCAUGCGCAUUGUAGCCUUCACUCAUCCAUGGGACGAUGAUGGUGAGCGGAAAAAGUACAACCAGUUGUCGUACAACUUUUUAGCCUUCACCGCCCCCAUGUUUUGGGCUCGUCUGCUGCUCUACCUCGACUCCUACCGAUUCUUUGGAGCCAUGCUUGUGGUGGUCAAGGUGAUGAUGAAGGAGAGUAUCAUAUUCUUCGCCUUGCUCAUCGUCAUGAUCAUUGGCUUCCUACAGGCCUUCAUUGGUAUGGAUUAUGCCGAUGACAUGGCAGGGGAUGACACCUUGUUCAUCCUUCAGGCUAUGGCAAACGCAAUCAUGCAAAGCCCAGACUUCACCGGCUUCGAGCGCUUUAGUCCACCGUUCGGUAUUAUCUUGUAUUAUCUCUUCACCUUCAUCGUUAUGGUCGUCCUCCUUAACAUACUUAUUGCCCUGUACAAUAGCGCUUACGAAGACAUCUAUGACAAUGCUGACGAUGAAUACAUGGCUCUUUUCUCUCAAAAGACCAUGCAAUUCGUCCGCGCCCCCGACGAGAAUGUUUUCAUUGCGCCUUUCAAUUUGAUUGAGGUUUUCUGUCUUAUCAUUCCCUUGGAGUGGUGGAUGCCCAAGAAACAGUACGAACGCUUGAAUGAUGCGGUCAUGGGCAUCCUCUACUCGCCCCUGCUCUUCUUUGCUGCUCUAUAUGAGGUAAAGACGGCGAAGGAAAUCCGCCGCAACAGACGGAAUGGUGAAGAGGACGACGACACGGUUGAAGAAUGGGAACAGAUGGCAGACCAGAUCGAUUUUGAAAGCGAAGGUUGGGCCAAGAAGGUAGCCGAAAGCAAGCCCAAUGUCGUUGAUGAUCCGGCGAUACUUGAGAUCAAGAAGCUCAGAGGCGAAGUCGACAACUUGAAGACCCUCUUGGAGAACCUCGGGAAUAACCUUGGCAGCAAAUCCGAGGGGGAGAAUCAAUAG